AUGAGGCAGAGUUCUCGGGAACCACAACGUAUUAGGCUGGAGUGUGAGGGACGCCAAACUGAAAUGUUUGUCGGAUUUGGGUUGGAUGAUGCGAAGAACUCUGCCACCACCGAGCCCUUCGACCCCCAUAGUGAACGGGCAGCACCAAACACCUACGGAUCAGGGUCCUACGCCCCGAGCUCUCGGGGGAUAUCAGGAGAAAGGCCAAAAUGCAAACAACAACAAUUCUAUGCAUCAAUUUUGACAUUUUCGUCCACACCCAACCCCAGAACUCAUCCCAUUUCCAUCCAAAACGAUCUCCGCGGGCUCACAAGAAAACUCUCACCAUCCACGGUCCCCACUGGUUCACUGGCGAACUCUCACCACCUCCCACUGCGUCCCCCGCCUGGCUCACACCUCAGAUCACAAAUGACUUCAAAGCACAAACAGUGGACAGCUACCAUGAUCUGGUUGACAGUUGUACUGCUGCUUUCUUGCAUGCGGGCAUGCAAGGCCUCGACUUCAUAUCCCAGUGUGUAUGGGUACGAGCAGUACAUGCACCAGAGGUACCAGGAGUGGUCCGCCAAGUACGGCCGGCUGCAUGUGGACGCCGACGAGAGGGACCGCCGAUUUGAGAUAUUCAAGAGCAACGUGAAACUCAUAGAUCUCCAUAACCGCGCCGGGAACCAUCCCUACAAAUUAUCCGUCAAUCAGUUUGCAGACCUGACAGCGGCGGAGUUCAUGGCCACCCGCACCGGCUACAGGAACUCGCCGGCCGGAAAGUUACUGUAUUCCCCGGCAGGACCUGCUGCGGUCACGUUCAGGUAUCAUAAUGUGACUACAGUGCCACCUUCGGUGAACUGGGUAACUAAUGGUGCCGUGACUGAAGUCAAAGAUCAAGGCAAAUGCGGUUCUUGUUGGGCAUUCUUUGCGGUAGCAGCCGUCGAAGGAAUCACUCAAAUAAAAACUGGCAACCUAAUUUCUCUAUCAGAACAAGAGUUAGUGGAUUGUGACAGAAAGCUUAAUAUGGGCUGCUUGGGAGGACUAGUGGUAUAUGCCUUCCAGUUCAUCAAAGAAAAUGGUCUUGCCCGUGAAACGGACUACCCAUACAGUGGAAGCGAUGGCGGACAUUGCAACUUGAAGAAAAUGACCAAUAAAGCUGCAGCCGCUAUUAGUGCCUUCGAACGAGUCCCCGCCAAUAGCGAGAAUGCGUUGUUGAAGGCGGUGGCUAACCGGCCAAUCUCGAUUGCCAUCGACGCUGGAAGUAGGCAGUUCAAGUACUACCGUGGCGGGCUAUAUACAGGUUGGUGCGAUAGUAGAUUGAACCAUGCCAUGACUCUAGUUGGUUAUCAGACUUACAAGGAAACUGGUGUGGAGUAUUGGUUGCUGAAGAAUUCUUGGGGUCCAGAAUGGGGUGAAGAUGGGUAA